AUAUUCGUCUCACUUGUCUGUACACAUUGUGAGCGAGUGGUGGCGAUAGAGCUGCUACGAUGCUGCUAUUAAACUGCAGAAGAAGAACACAACUCUCUCUCAUUGGUUGAAAGAAGGAAGUUGCGUCAUCGCGCAGCGCAGCCUUUUGGUGGGAAUAUGAGUUCGCCUUCAUGCACAUUUAUCUUAAAAUUAAAAGCGUCAAUGUACAUAAUGUUGUGUUUACUGUAAAGCCAAAGCAAGCGGCUAUUAUUUUAUACACAUAUCAACGUCAAAGGCUCGUGCGUAACCGCCCUCUUGGUGUUUUAAAAUCGCCACGCGAAUCGGAACACGUUCACUCCCUAUUGUUUGCUAGCAUGCUUUCACGUUAGCUGACGGUGGACCAGCAGCAAAGUGAAACUACUUCAGUUGUUGAAGCUGCAUUUAAAGCCAUUUAAAGACGACUUAAUGUGGGUUAUGUUCGAUUAUUUGGUUACGAUAUCACUUCGUGGUAAAACAAGCGCCCGAUUGGUUUGUUUCCCUUAAGCUGGCUAAUUAAUCUGCAAUCUAUUAAGAUCCAACAACAUGCCAGAAAUCCAACUCAAACACGUCGUGUCUUGCAGCACCGAGGACGUCACCCACAAAGCAGACAACCUGCUGAGCUCCGACACCUACAGAAAGUGGAAAGCAGCGCGAGACGGGGAGAAGCAGACCUCGGUCAUUCUGCAGUUCGAGAAGCAGGAGCAGGUGCACAGCAUUGAUAUUGGGAAUGAAGGCUCGGCUUUCAUCGAGGUGCUGGUGGGGAAUUCUUUGACUGUCAGAGACCAGGACUAUGAGGUUCUCCUGGUCACGUCUUCCUUCAUGUCCCCCACGGAGAGCCGCAACGGCACCAACAUGAACCGGGUGCGUUUCUUUGGGCCCCACCAGCUGCAGAAGAGCUCGGCACAGGAAAAGUGGGACAGAGUGAAAAUUGUGUGUAGCCAGCCAUACAGCAAGAAUAUAGCGUACGGACUGGCCUUUGUUAAGUUUCAUUCGCCGCCUGACAAAAAUGAUCCGCCUCCAAUAUCCUCCCCGAAACUGACAAAGUUGGGCCAGUUCAGAGUGAAGGACGAGUCUCCUUCAACGAGUCCCAGCCUUCAGCCCGGAAGUCUCUUUUUUAGUCGGGACAAUGCAACAAAGUCCAGUACCCCAGUCAAAGUGUCUCCCCAGAGUGAGCGCUUGAGUUACGCUGCUGCCGCCCUGCAGGUUGGUGGCGGCUCCCAUUCGUCAGGCCAAGCGUCCUCCUCCAGCUCUGCCUCACCACAGACGCCAGCAAAGAGAAAAUUUGAGUUCAGCAAAGAGCGUCAGUCUGACUCCGGCCCGCCGCCCGCGAAGAAAACCGGCCCGGGUGCCUCACCAGAGGUCAAGGCCGCGACGCCCAAACACAAGCCGAGCCCGGCCGGCACGCCGAGCCCGGCCGGCACGCCGAGCCCCGGCGCCGCCAAAGCUUCCCCGGCACAGAAGUCUGCAGACAAGAAGCGGGAGAGCCAUUCCAAACACGAGCCUAAACCCAAACAAGAGAAAGCCAGCGGGACGCAGGUCCCGUUCAAACGGAUGAUGGAAGGCGUCGUGUUUGUCCUCAGCGGCUUCCAGAACCCCUUCAGAGGGGAGCUCAGGGAAAAGGCUCUGGACAUGGGGGCUAAGUAUCGACCCGACUGGACACCCGACGCCACACACCUCAUCUGUGCCUUCGCCAACACCCCCAAGUACAGCCAGGUGAAAUCAGCAGGGGGCACCAUCGUACGGAAGGAGUGGGUCAUGGACUGCCACCAGAGGAAACAGAAGCUCCCCUCCAAACGGUAUCUGAUGGAUGGAGGCGAGUCGAGCUCGGAGAGCGAAAUGGAAGUGGACGACCAGAGCGAGGAGGAAACGAACACAAAGAGUCCGCAGAAGCCGCAGAGGCAGGUGACCCCCAAAAAGACACCGGAGAAGAGGAAGGAUGAUGACGAGUAUGCCGGCUCCACUGAUGUGGAAGAACCAGGAGGCAGUGAUGAGGGGUCUGCCGUGGACACGGAGGACGAGUUGCAGAGGGUGGAGAACGAGAGCAGACAGAAGAAAGCAGCAGCGGACGGGAGGCAGGUGAUGCAGGAGGAUCCGUACGGGGGCUCCACAGAUGAAAACACCGACGCCGAGGCUGAGGAGGACCACCCCAUCCCCGUGCUGCCAGGCGCUGAUGGAGAACGGCAAUCUGAACUUCGUCAAACCGGCCUGGAUCUACGCAAUCAACCAGCGGCAGAAGACGCUGCCCUACCAGCCCUACACGGUCGUGCCCUGAGCAACGACCUACAGCCAGGUGUGCACAGACACACUCGCACUUCGCAUCCUGAACAAUGGGGAACGCCACGGACAUUUUUUUUUCUUCCUUUUUCAGAUCACUUUCAGAAAAGCAAUAAAGUUCCCGCUCACUGUAAACUUAUGAAAUGUUCUUGGUCCUCGGGGGUUUUGUGACACGUGUUCUCACCUUUCGGCCACGAUGGGGAAAACGUAUUUUUUUUAAUUACAAAUUGUGUCUUUUGAGGUUAAUACUCGGAUAAGGUUCAGAUUUGUCAUUAUCCUUUUUUGUUGUUGAAGUUUUUCAUUUCUAGCUCGGCGUGAACAAAGCACGCUCUCUCUGGCUCAGGACUCGGCUCCUGGGCUCGGGUACCUCGGGCUCCGCCGUCUGGAAAUGAGUUAUCGCCCAGUGCUGGUUGCCAGCGGCACCGAUAAGACUCUUGACUCGUGUAUGCGAGCAGCUCGACGUCGGGUGAACAGCGACAUUUUAUUUAAGACACCCAGGACAACACAAUUCUAGAAAAUGAAUACUGGGAAGCCGUUUGUUUUUUUCUCCUUUUCUAAUUGUAUUAAAUGCCACACGGCGGGAUAGUGGUGAUGAUUUUCUGUGUGUUUAAAGUUUGAUACGUCUUGAGUUUGUGGUUUGGGUUUUUUAUUCAUGUACAAAUUCAUUCAUGUGUAAAUCAAAGAAAUGAACCGGCUCGACAGAUGUGAGGACGUGAAACAGACGUCAGAGUUUUGCGUCACUCGCUUCUUAAGACUCGAGAUGUCGGGCUUACAUUCUGCUCGCUCGGCAGCGUCUUUACGUUUUCUUUUGUUUUUAUGUUCUUUUCCUAAUUAAUUAUUUUGUCUAAAUAAAAAAUAACGAUUUUUUUAAUUAA